CCCCAGUCGUCUCCCCCCCCCCCCCUUUUUUUUUUUUUUUUUUUUUGUUCCGAGGGUUGCUCUAAGUUUCGGAAGAGACCGAUAUCUAGUGAGAGGUCGGGUUCACUGUGGGGGGGAGAGCACCUCAUCUUCGUUGAAGGCGUCCUUCUUUCUUUCUUCUCCCCCUCCCCACCACCUGAAGUCGGAAGAGCGGCUUCGCCCGGAGUGAUGGGCUAUUUCUUUAAAUGAGAAAGUCUGAGAAAUGCCUCUUUCUGUGGAGGACAACGCCAGCUCCGCUGCCAUAAUGCACGGGCAAAAACAAGCGAGUGUUUCCGUCCUCAUGACAACAUCUGGAGCCGCCGGGACCCAAAGAUCUCAGAGUGCUUAAUGCCAUUAAUGUCUACUGGCAUUAACACCCACCACUAAGGAGCCUGUUCCUCCCCACAACUCUUCCGUCUCUGUCCGGCUGCCGAGAAGGUUCGUUCUCUCGCAUUUUGAUCCCACUUCCAAUGGAGAACCUCAGCGAACUGCAGAACCCGUUGCUGGACAAGAACAGUAAGCACAUGGUCAAUGGUUACGGAGGAGAAUUCCCCAAUAACCAAUACCAAGAAAACAUUAUUAACUACUUUACCGGAGGAGGAGGAAGAGGAGGAGGCCCCGGUGGAGGUGAGGGCGGUGAAGGAGGAGGAUUGGUAAAUAAUGGGAAUGUAGUCAGUGGAGGAAGUUACAGCACCAAUGGGAAGGUGAAGUCGCAGCAGUUUCUGGACGCCACCUCUCUGCAUCUGGCGGUGGAGGCUUUCUACAGGCCUAACUUCAUCUUGUACAAGGAGGACAGCGGAAGCAUCAAGGCUAAGGAAUACAAAAGCGAGUGCUGCGAGACUACCUUUACCGAGAAGAAGGCAAAGGAGGUGUCCAGCACAGCGGGAGGGGACACGCCCGGCGCAGAGGACCCUCAGUCCAAGCUGCUCGACGAUGGCGAACAUGUCAAGAUUCAGACUGUUUCUUACGAGGUGGAGGAGGAGGAAUAUGUGGAGUAUGAGACGGACUGCUCCAGUGACAGUGAGAGCGAAGAUAACUUCAUAGUUGUCCCACCACGAGACCACCUUGGCCUGGCUAUAUUCUCCAUGCUCUGCUGUUUCUGGCCUUUGGGGAUAGCAGCCUUUUACUUCUCACAGGGGACCACCAAGGCGGUGAACAAAGGAGACUUCCCACUGGCCAACAUCGCCUCCCGGAGGGCUUUGUUCCUCGCUGCCCUAGCCAUCACUAUAGGCACCGGUGUUUAUGUAGGAGUGGUGGUAGCUCUGAUUGCCUACCUCUCUAAACCAGGACACAUAUAGCAGAAGCACCCUGUUUUCCAUCACCUCCUGGGAGCCUGGGAAAAAGAACAAACCCCCUCUGGGGAGACAGAGUUGCACCUGCAGACUUUGAGGAAACUUUUAUGUGGAUGUACAGUUUUUUUUUUCUGUCUUUUUUUUUCCAUCCACCUUUCUCUCUUUUCUGCCUUCUCCUGUAAAAUACCCUCUGGUGUCCAGGACAAGCCACAGUGACUAGAGACAGGUCAAGCUUCAGGGGAAUGAUGGGCGGCACUGGGGGAAAAAAAGGAGAACUUUGACUUAUUUGGCUGUUUUUAACUCCACGGAUGUGAUGACAAAGUUUCCCGUUGUUUGCGUUCGGUUGACUUGAUCCUCGUUGGCUUUGACUGGAUUUUAUCUUCCCAGGUUCCUAAACUGAGCUCCAAAGGAGAAAAUAGAAAGCAUAGUUCAGAAAUCAAGUAACUAUCAUCAUUAAAGACGGUUAAGAAAUAAUAUUCUCAUUUAAACCAACUCUGUAUUUAUUACAGCUAAUGUUAUAUCUCAAACUUCUUUGGGCGGACUUGUCUUGCAGGUAUGCCAGCUAUGAAUGCACCUUGGUCUUUGACUCAUCAGCUUAAACUAUCGGUAUUUGUACUGCACUGACUUCCUCACAAACUAGGAAUAAGAUUAAGUAUAAAUGCAUCUAAUGUCCAGAAAAUGUUGAGAAAGAUCCUUUAAUUUUUUUUCUCCUUUUGUCAUGUCACAACCACAAACUUCAUUGUAAUUUGUUAUUUUAUGCGUAGACCAACACAAAGAAGUGUACUUUGUAUCAACUGAGCUGUUUUGUGCAAUAACCUUUUGAAUUUAGGACUGACUGCAUGGUUGGGGUCGUUGUACUGCUGAAGGUGGACAUCUGCCCCAGUCUCAAGAGUUUCGGUGCAUUUAGCUUUUCCCCAGAGUAAGAUGCUACCACCAGUAUUCAAGGUGGGGAUGACAUGAGUGUUUUGCAACGCUAGUUUUCUGCCAACGUGAUUAAAUAUGCUCUCCUCUGGUUAGAGGACCUUCUGACACACGUGGGCUGUUAUCCCACGUAGCUUUUGGCAAACUGCUAAUUGGAAAAUAUGAGAUUUUUAGCUAUGCUUUUCUUCUUGUCACUUUUACAAGGUGAAUGGAUUUGUAAAGUGGAGUGCCAUGACUUUUUAGUUUUGCAGUACUGCACUCUGCACCCUAUGUAUGAUGAGUUAAAAAUAUCAUGUCCAAUGUUGAAAACUUGGGAUUUCGUCUGAACAGCUACCCCCUGCUUUUAUCUCCAGAUGCUGCUAAUUUUCUAGAGUUCACAGAGCAGUUGCAGGCAGAUGGCCGUAAAAGUUUUUAUCUGUGUAUGCCACAGGAAAUGGUACUGAUCGCAAAGAUACUAGACCGCUUGCAAAAUUUGAUUUGUCAUUUUCUUUUAACUUUAUUCCUAGGUGCUAAUUUGCGUUGGUCAUACAAAAUCCCAAUGAAAUACAAUGACGUUUGUGUUUUGUGAAAUGACAAAAUGUAAAAAAGCUAGAUGGUUACUCCUUCAAGACACUGUACAGUAGAAGAUGUUGAUGGAGGUUUUUCUUCUCUUUAAAGUGUUAAAUUGACACAAGUCACAAAAAUACAUAUCGGUGCCUCAGUCCUGUAUGUUUCCACAGAGAAAGUGUCCAAACACCACAUGCACACCUGAUGGGAGACCAAAUCGCUGUGUGUCCUGUGGUUAUAAAGGAGUCCUCACUAGUCUCACUUUAAAAAAUGCAAGAAGCACAGAUUUGAGUUAUUCAGACGGUCUGAGAUUUACUCCAAAUAGUCUGUAAGGACCAAAAAAAUAAUAUUUAAAACAAAUCCUUACCCAUGCACAGCUGACAGGAAGGUUAUAAAUCAUGUAGAUAAUCUCAUUUAAAAGAAUGCCUUACAUAUUUUUCAUGAAUAAAUGGAAAAAUGCCAUCUGACAGCGUUGAAUUUUGCUCUAAUCUGUUAUUCCGUGCAUGAGUCCUGCCGUGCCGGCAGUAUACUGCAAUGCAUGACUGGUUGGAUAGUAUAACUUGUUUUUCUAUGUCAGAUAAAAGUUUAAACUGCUGUCAAACAGACCAUACUUGCACAACUCUUGAAUCUAAAUUCCACUCUUCAGCUAGUAACAAAAAAAAAAAAAAAAAAAAAUCUGAAAACAUAGUUUGAGGCCAUUAAUGAGUGAGAUCCGAUUCAGGCUUCAUUAUUGUUUUCCGUCAUUCCUUCAAUAACUGUCAUGGAUACUCAAAAACGAAAAAAAUAAAUAAAUAAAAAAUUCUGGAAACGCAAAGAAAUCUUAGCUGACUUGAAUUGUUCUUCUCUGGCAUUUCAACUGACUCUUGUGCAUUGAAGCUUAGAAACCAGGCAUAUUGUUUGAGCGGUGAAGUCUCAGGAAGUUAGACGUUACAUUUUCUGCACAGGUACUGCAUUCUUUGCUCCGGGCAAUUAGGCCGUAAAACAAGCUUUCCCCCAGAGAACAAUCCUGAAAUAACACAGCCACAUUAAUUUCAUUAAAAAGCUACUUUUGGUUUUGCUUGUUGCUAC